UAAAACUUAACAUAGCCUGUAGCUUACUUUGCGAUGUAGAUAACGUAUCUGAAUCCGUUUUCGACAUUCUCGCAACUACGACAAGUCAUGUAAAACAGAUUCCGAGGGAAACUACAAACCACAAUGAACAGAAGAUAUAGGCAAACUCGAAAGCAACAACAUACUUUCAGAAACAUCAUAGGAAUCAUUUUAUCAGUACACGUUCUAUUUGGUUUCUCGGCAGAGCCUGAAGUUGUAGAUGGAAGUGGUUUAGAACCAAAUGCGACUCGUUCUUUGCCUGAAACUCCAAACUCUACCUCACUAUUCCAUCCCGGCUGCAGCGGGUCGUAUUGGGUAGGAAGUAAAGCAAAAUUGCUUUCGAUACCAAGAAACACCAACAACGAACCAGUACAUUGUAGAUGGUUAUUGAAGGCGGACGAUGUUCACAAUACAAUUGGGCUGUCGACUGUAAAUACAACAUUUAGUAUGGAUGAAGACAUCGACUAUUAUUUCAAAUUGGACGCUCGAGAUGGAUGGAAAGAUGAUUCGCCUCUAAUCUCGUCUCUCGAAUGGUCUGAUGGUUUUGUAUCGAUGGAUUGGGCGUUCUUAAAACCAGCCAAAGCCACAAGCGGAUUUCUGUUGCUCGAAUAUAAAAAUAAAGGCAACAAUCCAUUACAAAUGGAUUUCGUAUAUUUUACAUGCGGAGGAUAUGCAGAUUCCAAAACAUAUAUUUCUUCACCUGUAUUUACCGGAUUACCUCUAAAGCCUGAAAUUGUUGAUUGUCAGUGGGUUUUCACAAGACCAAAAGAUACCUUAUAUGGGUAUCUGAGAACACUCGAGGUGAACAUCAGCGAUUGUGAAGUCCUACAGAUGCGUAGCAACUCUAGCAUGCAGAUUAUCUAUGAAAAAGUGGAUGCAACAUUGCAAACUGAUCUUGAAAUUUAUUCUACCACAGUGAAUAGAACAGCAAAUCCUGGGGCCCUAGAAAAUUUUAUUACUUGGGCAAAAGAGCAGGCAAAUUUAACAUCUAUUGUUGAUUCUAAUAUCGAUAAACCAAAAAACAGAACUAUUGCUUCAAUUUGUGGAAAUUCCACAAAGAUGAUUGUUUUUCAAUCUGCAAUAGCAAAGCUGCGUUAUUUAUCAACUGGUGGUAAUGCACGUACUGGCUUCAAAGCUCUUUAUUCUACUUUUAAGCUCCCUGAUCGAUGGGAGUCGAGACGGAUGCGUAAAAUUCCAUGGUUUUAUACAUAUUCGACUUUGGUAGUAUUCGUACCAAUCGGACUCGUUUCAGGCAUUAUUAUAAUCUUGUACUCGAGUCGAAGAAGAGGCCCAGAUGCAUCAGCUUCUAAGAUGUCUUCAAAGUUAUUUAAUUCACCCGGUUUUGGAAAAAAUGGCAGAAGAGCAGCAUCGUUCCAUUCCCAGUGCAAUUUUCGCCUAGGGAGUUUCAUUAAACUUCCGAUUCGCAGAUCAAAAUCAUUAACAAACAUAAAACCUCUUUCCAGUGAGUUUUCUUCAAAACAAGACUGUGUAUUGAAGUUGCAGGAAGAAAAAACAUUUUUAGAGGAAUUUAAUGAAGUGGAUGAAAUACCACACAUUGUUCAGAUACAUUCUGUUAACAGUGAUGUACAAGUUGUCAACACCAGACCUGGUAUAUUGCGAAAACUAUCUCAAUCCACGAACUGUGUUGCAAAUAAUAAUAACAAUAACGAACUUUUUCAGCAGCUUAAACUAAAAGAUGGUACUUUUAACAGCAAGGUAAAACAAAACAAAAAACAGGUUAAAUUUACAAAAUCGUCGUUGGUAACUGACGGAACACAAACCUUAUAAUAAACUCCAAGUGACGUUCAUUAUUGUUGUUCGUUAAAUGAAAAAAAUUUCACUUUUCGUUCAAUUUCACAAGUGCAAUUGGCUUCUGAUGUCAAAUAUCCGACUACAUGUUAUAAAACUAUCGUUAUCAAAAGCCGUCAGUAGAUUGUCGUCAGAUUUCGUCAUCGUCCAACGUUCAUGACUUUAGUCUGGUUCUUUUCAAUUGUGUUUUAUAUCAGUCUGUUCUUGACGAAUUCCCCUAUAACAAUUGGUAACCUGAAAGAAUUAUUCAUCUAAAAGCCACGAAAGUAUUUUGUGAAUUUGUGUAAGCCUGAAAACUGCAUUUAUUUCUCUAUAAUCAUACUCAAAACCUGUAUCUUCGGCCUUCGACGAAGAAAUACAAUACCUCGCAAUAUAUCGUUAUGAGGUUGCAAAAUGUAUAAUGUAUCAUUUGAAUAACCUGAACAUUUCCCCGGACCCAUUUCCUAAGAAAAUAAUCUUGUUUUCCUACGUUGGCGGAAUGUUCCAUGAACGCAACAUUUUGUUACUAGUGUAUUUUAUAUACAUAUAUAUAACAAUCUGGCACACCGGCUGUUACCUUGCGAUAAAUACAGGGUGUCUUAAAAGUAAGUAUACACUUUUAAUUUUUAUUUGCUUUUCAGGUACUCCUCAUGGAGCGUUCAUUUUUCCAAAAAACUCGAGGCAAACUCAGCGCCUCUUUAACAGAGAAUUUGAAAUUAAUUCGGCUUUGAAUGUUUUCCUCGAAGCGUCCGCUUCCUGAUCUUUUUGCAUCAACUACAGAUCCAGUUUCCAUAAAUUCACAAUGAAUUUCAUAAAUUAUUCGUCGUGUAGGAACUCUCUGUUAAAGAGGUGCUGAGUUUGCUUUACUAAUGAAGAAAUGAACGCUCUAUGAUAAGUACCUGGGAAAGCAAAUUAAAAUUAAAAGUGUAUACUUACUUUGGAGACACCCUGUAUAAAUACACUGUGAUCCUAUAUGCAUGAAAGAUAUAACUGUAAUCUGUUAGCGAAUAAAAAUCCACUAAAAUUUGUUUUAGGAAUUUCAAGAUUGCAUUUAUACAAUUAUUAUCAGUUAUUUUCCUUACGGAUACGCCGAAUUCCUUUUGAUCAGAAGUAUUUUUACAAAUUUUUUAAGUAUGUUUUAUUAAUAGCAAGCCAUAUUCGAAUUAAUUGCGUUGUAUUGGUUCAUUUAAAUGGAGAAUAUAAAUUCAUCCUAUUAACACUUGUCGGCAAUAUUUUGGUGUAACCAAUAGAAAAACAUUGCUAUUUCA